AUGUUCAAAGGACUGACGAGACUGCAGUUGCAAAUGGUUGCGUUGACUUCCCUCCUCGUUCUUGCGGGGUCAGUAUGGCUCGCAAGGUCGGAGUCGUCCGCAUCGGGAGCGUCACAAUGUCGAUGCUUCCCAGGUGACGCCUGCUGGCCAUCCACUUCCACGUGGAAUACUCUCAACAACACCGUUGGAGGGAGGUUGAUUAAGACAGUCCCCAUUGGCGCUGUAUGUCACGACACAUUCCCUGGAGUCAGCUACAACGCCAAGAAGUGUGCCGAUGUUCAAGGCAACUGGGCUCGUCCAGAAUUGCACGAUGAGACAACCCACUCACCUAUGGCCGCCUUCUUCGCCAACAUGAGUUGUGAUCCUUUCACACCUCGGUCAGCACCUUGUGUCAUUGGAAGCUAUGUACAAUAUGCUGUCAAGGCUUCUUGUGAUAGUGAUUACCGCGCCACUAUCAACUUCGCGACCAAAUACAACAUCCGCCUAGUCAUCAGGAACACUGGGCACGACUACAUGGGCAAGUCCACCGGUGCAGGUGCGAUUGCCUUGUGGACUCAUGGCAUCAAAGACACCACAAUCAAAGAUUACAAGUCAUCCUACUACACCGGUAAAGCGAUAAAACUCGGUGCUGGUGUGCAAGCCAACGAGGCACAAGAAGCAGCAAACGCCAAAGGCUACGUGGUCGUCGAAGGCGAUUGUCCUACUGUGGGGAUAGCAGGAGGCUAUACACAAGGCGGCGGAACCAGCCCACUUGGAUCUAAGUUUGGACUUGCUGCAGACCAGGUUCUGGAGUGGGAGGUAGUCACUGGGGCUGGAACAGUCCUCACUGCUACGCCAACCCAAAACACAGAUUUGUAUUGGGCGCUCGCUGGAGGUGGGGGCGGUACCUAUGGUGCUGUACUCUCCAUGACAGUGAGGAUGUACAAAAAUAUGGCAACCGCUGGUGUGACGCUGUCAUACCUCGAGUCUUCAGAUGCGUACUGGCAGAUUCUGCAAGUCUUUCUUACAAACCUCCCCGCCGUCCUCAAGUCGGGCGCGGUUCUGUACUGGCAGCUUCUGCCGGGUAACUUCUUCUACAUGCCCCAAGCAUACUUACCGGGUGGAACAGCCAAAGAUCUAGUGAAGCUGUUGCAGCCGACUCUCGACGCGCUCAAUGCGAAAAAGAUCCCAUAUUCCCUUACAUCAAAGGAUUUUCCUACUUUUCAAGACUCCUUCAAAACUUUGAACCCAGAAAUGAACAUUACUGAGUUCAACCUUGGAGGAAGUCUAAUUCCUCGCUCACUGGUCGCCACUAACAAGUCCGUCACUGCCCUUGUCGCUGGCUUGAAAUCAGUCACCGACAAUGGUGGUAUCUUGGCCGGAGUUUCAAUGGACGUUAGCAAGACUCCACCUGUACCUAACGCCGCUCAUCCAGCUUGGCGCGAUUCUCUCUUCCUAGCAUUCCUUGGAACUGUAUACGACCGAUCAAAUCUGACAGCGAAUGUCGUUGCUCAACAAGCUGUUUCCAAUGUCCUAGACCCCUCUCUGGAUAAGCUGACCCCCAAUCCCGCCGCUUAUCUGAAUGAAGCCAAUUUCAAGCGAGCAAACUGGCAAUCGGCAUUCUAUGGUACGAACUAUGCGAAGCUGGUAUCGAUCAAGAAGAAGUAUGAUCCGAACGCUAUCUUCUGGGGGCCAACAGUGGUAGGUAGUGAGGCGUGGGCACCUGCAGCUGAUGGAAAGCUCUGCAAGACUGGAGUUACAGUUUGA